AGGUCGGCGAGCAGGUCGAUAGAUUUAUGCAGUGAGCAGGAUAUGAUUUAGCGGAAGGAUGACCGUGCAGUGGGAGGCCGACCAGGUCGGCGAGCAGGACCAGUCACGUGUCAGUCCCCGAUUUCCCGGGAGGUCCGGCUCCAAGCAUAACGGAGAGUGCUUAAGGAGGCCGCAGCCUUGUCGGUCUGAUGGAUUUCAAGUGUACGUUUCAACUGUCGCUCGACUGUGUUUUCGUCGUUCCUGGAUGCUAAGCUAAAAUGACGUGUGUGCGACCCUUUCUCAACGAUGCUCGUCACGGGAUGAAGGCUCUAUUCCCAGCAAGGACCACCACUCCAGCAUCCGUUCAUUCUUGCAGCAGUUUCCGCCCUUCGCAGCAACAGAUUAAAACCAUAUCAUACCAAACCUGGUCUUGGCGAGAUGCUGCUUCGAAACCCAAAUCGACCAGUACACCGCCUUCCAAGAAACAAGUAGCUCGUGCGCCUUCCCAUGCUCGUCCGAAUGUCAGGCGAAGCCUCCACACAGAAGUUUCAAAUCGAGCUUCGUACAGCAACGAAGCACCCAUGACCAAGGAACCGACCAUCCACGACAUCUUCGAGCGCAAUACAGGAACAUGGCAGUACGUGGUCGCAGAUCCAUCCAGCUCAGCCGCCGUCAUCAUCGAUCCUGUCUUGGACUUCGACGCAGCCACCCAAAAGGUGACAACGCAGGCAGCCGACUCACUACUCGCCCUGGUCAAGGGCAAAGGCUUAAAUGUUGAGAUGAUCCUUGAAACGCAUGCUCAUGCAGACCACCUUUCAGCAGCGUCGUACCUCCAGAACCACCUUACCCGACAGCAAGGCCACAAACCGCUCAUUGGCAUUGGAAAGCGUAUAGGGCAGGUACAGAAAAUGUUCGGGCAAAGGUACGGCGUACCGGCGGAGGAGUACCGAGCUGUAUUCGACAAGCUCUUUGAUGACGACGAGACUUUCAACAUUGGUGGUUUAACAGCCACCGCCAUCCACCUUCCCGGCCACACACCCGACCACAUGGGCUACAAGAUUGGAGACAACGUGUUUUGCGGCGAUACUAUCUUCCACGCAGAUAUCGGCACUGCCCGUUGCGACUUCCCAGGCGGUAGUGCAAAUGACCUUUACGGCUCACUGCGAAAGCUCCUUGGGUUUCCUGAACAUGUGAAAAUCUGGACGGGGCAUGACUACCCUCCAGAAGAGCGCGGUAACCCCAUAUCUUCAAUGAGUGUUGGAGACCACAGGGCCCAGAACAAGCACAUAAAGGACGGUGUCAGUGAAGAUGAGUUUGUGAAUCGGCGGAAGGAACGCGAUGCGACAUUGGCUGCACCGAAGCUACUCCACUCGUCCCUGCAAACGAACAUCCGGGCAGGACGACUUCCCACGCCCAACGAGUCUGGGCAGCAUAUACUCCAUCUUCCUUUAGACGUGCAGAGCGAGAAAUGGUAAGCGUAGGAGACUGGCGAUGGACAGAGAAGAUCGGAGGUGGUGGCAGGCGUACGCUCUCUGCUCCACGCCAUUGAGGAUGCUCCAGUGUUCGCAUCUGCAACUCAACAUUUGCCAACUCUGCAGACAGAUAUUCAGCCAUCCUGAUACAUUUUUUCAACCUCCUGCGCGUUUUUCUGGUGGUCUUCUUGAGGCGAGGGAUUGCCUCUGGAGACGAAUCGCCCGCACCAUAUUCGGCAAGCCUGAUUUCGAGCGUUUUUCUGGCCAUAGGCAAAAGAUCGCUACGCUGUCGCUGGUCCCCUAAUGCGUGCUGGAGAUAU